UACGUCACUUCCGCUCUCUCUUCCACAGGAGGCCUUCACGCCGCCGCUUGUGCCGCCGCCAUGUCUUUAGUGAUCCCCGAGAAGUUCCAGCACAUUUUGCGAGUACUCAACACCAACAUCGAUGGGCGGCGGAAAAUAGCCUUUGCCAUCACUGCCAUUAAGGGUGUGGGGCGCAGAUACGCCCAUGUGGUGCUGAGGAAAGCAGACAUUGACCUCACCAAGAGGGCUGGAGAGCUCACGGAAGACGAGGUGGAGCGGGUGAUCACCAUCAUGCAGAACCCUCGGCAGUACAAGAUUCCAGACUGGUUCUUGAACAGACAGAAGGAUGUGAAGGAUGGGAAGUACAGCCAGGUUCUGGCCAACGGUCUAGACAACAAGCUGCGUGAAGACCUGGAACGGCUCAAGAAGAUUCGAGCCCACAGGGGCCUGCGCCACUUCUGGGGCCUUCGUGUCCGAGGUCAGCACACCAAGACCACCGGCCGCCGGGGCCGUACUGUGGGUGUGUCCAAGAAGAAAUGAGUCUCUGGGCCUUUGCUGUUAAUAAAUAGUUUAUAAACCUA